CUGGCAACAGUGAAAUGACUGAAGCGAAACUAAAGAGAACUGGAUCUAGUCUUAAGAUGUUUGUUUAAGCUGUUGAUGACAUCACUGAUAAUUCAACUAAUACAAAUGUGAAUAUGUGCUCUACAUUUUUACUGAGUCUACUGGAUUUAUGCACAUACUACUUGGGAGCUCAAUGGAAAGAAAUCUAUGCUUGUAGACCAUUUGAGAUCAUAUUUAUUUGCUGCAUGCAGUUUGAUAAAUAUCCAACACAUUUUUAAGCAGAUCAAGCCAAAUGAUUCGUAAAAAUAGUGAAGCAUCGAUGACCGAACCAAUCGCUUUCCAUAUUGGAAAUUGGACCGAUGAGCAAUUGUAUCACAAUGAUAUUGACACAUCAAUCCAUUUCAGCUCCGCCAUGGAGCAACAAAAAGAAUACAAAUCGAGGCUAAAAGAAAAAUUUCUGUGUUUUCAACAUGACUUGUCCAGACAAACUCAUCCCAAGUUGCUAAAUGACAUCUUUACAGAGCUUUACAUCACCGAGGGGGAAAGUGAUGAUGUCAAUAAAGAGCACGAAGUGAGACAGAUCGAAACUGCUUUGAGGAGACAAACCACAGUUGACGUUCCAGUCAAAUGCAAUGACAUUUUCAAACACUCACCAAAUGAAACAACCAGAUCCAUCAAAUGUGUGCUGACAAAGGGAGUGGCUGGCAUCGGUAAAACAGUCUCGGUGCAGAAAUUCAUCCUGGAUUGGGCAGAAGGAAAAGCAAAUCAAGAUAUUGAAUUCAUUUACCCACUUCCAUUUCGGGAACUAAACCUAAUGAGAGGGAAACAGUUUAGCUUAGUUGAGCUUCUCCAACACUUCCAAAUGGGAGGAGAUGUUCACGAAAGGCAAAAGGUACUCCUUAUCUUUGACGGUUUGGAUGAAUGUCGCUUUCCUCUGGACUUCCAGAAUAACGGAAGACUCCGUAAUCCCAAAGAGCCGGCCUCUAUUGACGUUUUGCUGACAAAUCUUAUCAAUAAGAUCCUGCUUCCCGAUGCCCUCCUCUGGAUAACAUCUCGACCAGCAGCAGCCAAUCAGAUUCCACUCGAGUAUAUUGACUUAGUGACUGAGGUUCGAGGGUUUAAUGAUCCACAGAAAGAGGAGUACCUGUACAAGAGCAUCAGUGAUAAACAUCUUGCUGGCAGAAUCAUCACACACCUGAAGUCAUCCCGAAGUCUGUACAUCAUGUGCCAUAUCCCGGUCUUCUGUCUGCUUUCUGCGACCGUCCUCGAGAGGAUGAUAAAUGUAGCAGAGGAUGGAGAAAUCCCCAGGACACUUACUCAAAUGUACACACACUUUCUUCUCAUCCAAACCAGAACCAAACACACAAGAUACUCUAAAGAUUACAAGCCAAGCCCGAAUGAUGAAGAUAUGAUUUUAAAACUAGGCAAACUAGCUUUCCAACAGCUAGAAAAGGGAAAUUUGAUAUUUUACGAAGAAGAUCUGACGGCUUGUGGUAUUGAUGUGAUGGAGGCUGUGGUCUACUCGGGUGUCUGCUCACAAAUCUUCAGAGAGGAAUCUGCACUGACCCAAAAUAAAGUAUACUGCUUUAUCCAUCUGAGCAUUCAAGAGUUCUUGGCAGCCGUGUACGUGUAUUUCAUGUUUAAGAUCAACCGUAAGAAUGUUCUCGAUCACGAUGCAACUGAGACAACUUUGUUCGAUUUGCAUAAGAGUGCCAUCGACCAGGCCCUGCAGAGCGAGACCGGACACCUGGAUCUUUUCCUCCGUUUCCUGCUGGGCCUAUCGUUGGAGUCCAAUCAAAGCCUUUUACAAGGCCUAGUAUCUCAAGCUGGCUGCAGAACAUCUAACGGCAUAGAGACGACAGUGGAAUACAUCAAGAAGAUGAUAGAGGACACCUCGUUGCCAGAAAAGUCCAUCAAUCUCUUUCACUGUUUGAAUGAACUGAACGAACUGUCUUUGGUUAGAGAAGUUCAGCGGUUCCUGAGCUCGGGACAUUUUUCAAAACUUUCCCCCGCGCAAUGGUCUGCCAUGGUUUUUGUGCUAUUGACAUCGGAGGAGAAGCUGGAUGUUUUUGACUUAAAGAAGUAUAUUAGAUCAGAUGAAGGUCUCAUCAGAUUGCUGCCGGUGGUCAAAGCUUCAGAAUCUGCUCUACUGGAUAACUGUGGACUUACCAUGAGAUGUUGCAGAGCUCUUGCCUCUACUGUGAGCUCAAGCACUUCAAAUGUACGAGUGCUGGAUCUGUGCAGUAACUCCAUAGAGGACAAAGGCCUGGAGCUUUUGACAGCUGGACUGAAGAAUGCGCAGUGUAAAUUAGAGGAACUAAGACUGUCAUACUGUAGAAUCACAACACGAGGCUGCUCUGUUCUGCAGUCGGCACUGCUUCCAAACCUUCCAAAUCUUCGAGCACUGGACCUGAGUGAAAACAGUCUCCGAGAAGCAGGAAUUGGGAUUUUGGCCAGUUACUUGGGAAAUCCAGACUGUAAGCUUGAGAUACUAAGACUCAAGGACUGCAGAGUCACUCCCAAAGGCAGCUUUGCAAUUGCAUCGGCCCUGCAGGCCAACCCGUGUCACUUGAGAGAACUUGAUCUCCACUGGAAUAACCCAGGAGAUGACGGAGUAGAGAAGUUUUCUGCUGUGAUUGAACAUUCACUCUCCAAACUCGAAACACUUUGGUUAAGUUAUGGUUUGCUCACUGAGAAGACAUGCCAGGCUUUGGCUUUAGCCCUGAUGUCCAACUUCUCUACUCUGAAAGCUGUAGAUCUAAGCGGCAAUGCAAUAUAUGAUACUGGUAUUAAAAAGCUCUCAAAUGGGCUUAGAAGCCCAAAUUGUCAGCUGGCUAUUUUGAGGUUGGCAUCGUGUGAGAUCACAGAGAUGGGUAUUGGUGACCUGGCUUCUGCACUGACAUUAAAUCCUGAUUCAAUAAGAGAGCUGGACCUUAGACAAAACCUUAUAAAAGAUUCUGGUCUUACAAGACUCUCUGAAGUGCUGGAAAAUUCCCACUGUAGGCUAGAGACGCUGCGUUUAGGGGACAGUGGAGUCACAAAGGAAGGUUGUGCUGUUCUCGCAGCUGCUCUUAAUUCAAAUCCUUCAUAUCUGAUAGAGCUGGACCUGAGUGAUAAUAAUCUGACAGAUACAGGGCUGAAGCUCCUCUUUCCAGUGCUGAGGAAUCACAGAAGCAAAAUAAUGAAGUUAAUUUUGAGUCAGUGCGGUUUGACUAUGGACUGUUGUGAUUUCCUGGCUACGACUCUUGGAGAAAGAUCCUCAAAUCUAAGAGAACUCAACUUGGGAGGAAAUAAUCUGCAAGAUCUGGGGGUAAAACGCCUUUGUGCUGGAUUGGAAAAUCUACAAUGUCAACUAGAAAUUUUGAGUCUAUGUAACUGUGGCGUCACAGGGGAAGCUUGCAAAGUCUUAGCCUUUGCACUGAAAUCUGAUCACUCAGUUUUAACAGAGCUGGACCUGAGUGAAAACAAUCUCACAGACUCAGCCGUCAGACCGUUAUCUGUUCUGUUGGACAAUCCAGACUGUAAACUUGAGAAAAUUGUUUUGUUUUAAUGAACAGAUCUGUGGUUACCACAGCAUGCAUCAACAUUUGAUGAAAGUGUAGCAGAUUGCUGCCAUACCCCUCAACACAGGAAUCGUAACCUGUGACUGUGUUUACUUGUUUGUACAUAUUUAGAUGAUUAAACAUUAUUUUAUAUAGAUUAUUCCUAAAUUUAUAACAAUUUAUAAUAUUCCACCAUUACAUAUUCAAAGCAGCAAAUGAAUGUUAACAUCUGGUAUUCCUGGUUUUAAAGUAACAGAUCUGCAUUUAUUUUAAAAGCUAAUUUGUUACAGUGGUGCCAAUUUAAAGGAAAACAACACAAUUUUUCAAUAUUUUACUAUGUUCUUACCUCAACUUAAACAAAUUAAUACAUACCUAUCUUUUCUCAAUGCAUGCACUUUCAAUCUUUGUACAGCACCUCGUGAAUGUGUUAGCAUUUAGCCUGGCCCUAUUCAUUCCUAUGGCUCCAAACAGUGAAGAAUUUAGAAGCCACCAAACAAUUCCAUGUUUUCCCUAUUUAAAGACUGUUACAUGAGUAGUUACACGAGUAAGUAUGGUGUCACAAAAUAAAAUGUUUGUUUGUAUCUUAAGGAAUGAAUAGGGCUAGGCUAAAUGUUAACACUUUCAAGAAACGCUGUACAAAAAAAGUGCAUGCAUUGAAAAAAGAUAGGUAUGUAUUAAUUCAUCUAAGUUUAGGUAAGAACAUAGUAAAAUAUUGAAAAACUGUGGUGUUAUCCUUUAAGAAAGUGAAAGGUGGUUAGAGGCGAUUCAUUAGAUAUACUGUCAACACUACUCACUUUCUGUUGUUGUGUGUGUGUGUAUAUAUAAAUGUAUUCAAUAUUUCUUCAGUGUUGGUAUGAUUAUUUUGUUCCUACACUGGAUUUUUUUACACUUUAGUCAUAUAAUUUGUGCAAGACUGAACAAGUAAAAUGAGUAAUUAUUUACUCCUAGAUCUUAUGUUGUUACUUGCAGUAUUAUGUUCCUGUAAGACAGGAACUGUAAGGUCAACUCAGUUGUAUUUGAUUUCACUACCCAUUUUAAACAUAUCACAUGUUUCUUACAGGUGUGGUAAGAGAGUUAAAUAAUUACUUUAUCUACUUUAAGGUCAAUACCCAUGUUUUUUUUUUUAUGUAGCUUUACAGGCUAAAUAAGAGUUGAAUUAAAUUGUCAUUAUCAAAUAAAUCAUUUAUUCUAUUACAAACUAUUUUUCAAAAUAGUCCUGUAAAACCACAAGUUGCUUAUUGUAUGAAUAAACUUUGAAUUAUGUAACAAAAAUAAA